UGGGAGUGACGCUUUGAGCUUUGUGCAGGGCGCGAUCCGGCUGUCGACGUCAGAUCACAUUCUUCCGCGUGAAAGCUUCAACCCGAAGAACCGUCCCAUUACCCCAUCCAAGAGAGGUCAACAGAUGUGCUAUCUGGGUCUGGCAGACUAGAAGAGCCUCACUCUCUCGCCGCAUGACGGCGGUUCUCACCGCUCAGCUUUCCCUCCACCACUAAAACUUUGCCUCUCUAGGUGAUAAACGAGUGCGAGAGGGGUGGGAGAUCUGGGCGAAUUGCGGCUGCCACCCUGCAAUGGGAGCCCAGAAACCCAUCUCCCUGCUGCUGUUUUUGCUUCUCAUCCUUCCUGCCGCGCAAUGCGGAGUCACAUAUGACCGCAAGGCCAUCAUAAUCAAUGGCCGGAGGAGGAUUCUCAUCUCUGGCUCCAUUCACUACCCCCGGAGCACACCAGAUAUGUGGGAAGGACUGGUGCAGAAGGCCAGGGAUGGAGGGCUGGAUGUGAUACAGACAUAUGUGUUCUGGAAUGGCCAUGAGCCUUCUCCUGGAAACUACAAUUUCGAGGGGAGAUAUGAUUUGGUGAGGUUUAUAAAGACAGCGCACAAGGUGGGAAUGUACGUCCAUCUUCGCAUCGGGCCUUACGUUUGUGGCGAGUGGAAUUUUGGAGGAUUUCCAGUUUGGUUGAAGUAUGUCCCAGGCAUCAGCUUCAGAACAGACAAUGAGCCGUUCAAGAUCGCGAUGCAAGGCUUCACCCAAAAGAUUGUGCAGAUGAUGAAGAGUGAAUCGCUUUUUGCGUCGCAGGGUGGCCCAAUUAUACUCUCACAGAUUGAGAAUGAGUAUGGACCAGAAAGUAAGGCAUUUGAUGCUGCUGGCCAUGCAUAUGUGAACUGGGCUGCUAAAAUGGCGGUUGGAUUGGGAACAGGUGUCCCCUGGGUGAUGUGCAAGGAGGAUGAUGCCCCAGAUCCAGUGAUAAAUGCAUGCAAUGGUUUCUAUUGUGAUGCUUUUACUCCCAACAAGCCUUACAAGCCUACAAUGUGGACAGAAGCUUGGAGUGGCUGGUUUACAGAGUUUGGGGGCACUGUUCGCCAGCGACCAGUUGAGGAUCUGGCAUUUGCAGUUGCACGCUUUCUACAAAAGGGUGGCUCCUUCAUCAAUUACUACAUGUACCAUGGAGGAACUAAUUUUGGCCGUACAGCUGGAGGUCCCUUUAUUUCAACCAGCUAUGAUUAUGAUGCUCCUAUUGAUGAAUUUGGGCUUAUCAGGGAACCAAAAUAUGGACAUCUGAGAGAGCUCCACAAGGCUAUUAAGUUAUGCGAAUCAGCUUUAGUUUCUGCUGAUCCAACUGUUACUUCUCUCGGAAGUUAUGAAGAGGCUCAUGUCUUCAGUUCUGAAUCAGGAGGUUGCGCAGCUUUCCUGGCAAACUACAACCCUAAUUCUUUUGCAAGAGUAAUUUUCAAUAACAUGCACUACAACCUGCCUCCCUGGUCAAUUAGCAUUCUUCCUGACUGCAGAAAUAUAGUGUUCAAUACUGCAAAAGUUGGCGUUCAGACAUCUCAAAUGCAAAUGUUGCCUGCUAACAGCCAGUCCCUUAUGUGGGAAACAUAUGAUGAGGAUGUUGCUUCAUUGGGAGAUAACUCACUGAUCACCAUAGCUGGCCUUUUAGAGCAGAUAAAUGUUACCAGGGAUGCCAGUGAUUACCUAUGGUACAUUACCAGUGUUGAUGUAAGUCCUGCUGAAGGAUUUCUACGGGGGGGUCAAUUUCCUGUUCUCACCGUACAGUCAGCUGGUCAUGCCCUGCAUGUCUUUGUUAAUGGUCAACUCUCAGGUUCUGCUUAUGGAAACAGAAAAAAUAGGAGAAUCACAUAUACCGGCAAUGUCAAUCUUCAUGCUGGAUCUAACAGAAUUGCGCUGCUAAGUGUUGCUGUCGGGCUGCCAAACGCAGGGGUGCAUUAUGAGUUGUGGAAUACUGGAGUCCUAGGUCCGGUGGUGUUACAUGGAGUUGAUGAAGGAAAAAGAGAUUUAACCUGGCAGAAAUGGUCAUAUCAGGUUGGCCUAAAAGGAGAAGCUAUGAAUCUAAACUCUCUAGAGGGCACUUCUUCAGUUGAAUGGAUAAAAGAGUCACUAGUAUCUCAAAGGCAGCAGCCAUUAACGUGGUAUAGGGCUUACUUUGAUGCUCCUGCUGGACAUGACCCACUGGGAUUGGAUAUGGGCAGUAUGGGAAAGGGUCAAGCUUGGAUAAAUGGACAAAGCAUUGGAAGAUACUGGACCUUAUUGGCGCCAAAUGGGGAUUGCAAAGGAUGCAACUAUGCAGGGACAUAUCGCAUUCCAAAGUGUCAAACUGGUUGUGGUCAACCAACCCAACUCUGGCGACAUAUGUGGAGUCACAAGGAAGCCUCAUUAUUGAAGACACAAAUUUGGUUGAUCAGCCAACUGUCAAAUAUUGAAGCUAAUUAUUGGAUGCUCAGGUAUCAUGUGCCAAGGUCCUGGUUACAGCCAACCAAAAAUCUUUUAGUAGUAUUCGAGGAACUUGGAGGCGAUGCAACAAAGAUUUCUCUUGUGAAGAAAUCUGUGUCCAGUGUUUGUGCUGACGUUUCUGAGUGGCAUCCCACGAUAAAGAGUUGGCACAUUCAGAGCUAUGGCCAGCCUGAGGAGUAUCAUAAGCCAAAAGUUCACCUGCGAUGUGCGUCAGGACAGUUGAUCUCAGCUAUCAAGUUUGCCAGCUUCGGCACGCCCUUGGGAACUUGUGGAAAUUUCCAGCAGGGAGCAUGCCACUCACCAAAUUCGCACACCACCUUGGAAAAGAAGUGCGUUGGGCAGCAGCGUUGUGCGGUCACAAUAUCCACCAACAAUUUCGGUGGGGAUCCAUGCCCCGAUGUGAUGAAACGAGUGGCUGUAGAAGCUGUAUGUUCGCCCACUGCUCUGCCAUCAUCUUGAGCUUGUGAGGUGAAGUGUAAUUGAGGGAAGGCUCUUUAAUUGGAUUCCCUCUCGUGCACACUGUACGUGAAAGGAGCAUAAUGGAUGGUAAUAGUUUGUGGUACGCGUGUACACACAUGGAAGGUGUUAGUUUGCGGAGUUAGGUGUAGAUGGGGUAAGAUAGUAGAAUUGAGUGCUUGUACUUGUUCCUAGGUAAAGAUGUCUCUCCAGUCCCUAGAAGUAUUAUCUGGUUUACCAACCUUUAUUCAGAAGUUGGUACCAGAAAGGAGAGGAAGAGGUUGCGAAAGGGGGAAAAAAGAAGAGAGAUGGUUUGCAUAUUUGUUUUAGUUAAUGUCCUUUUUUUCUUUCUUCCCUUAUCCAGUGGAAUAAAGUUGAUUCAUGAUGUAAGAAGGGUUAUU